GAAAUGGACCUUCAAGCAUACUUGGUGAACAAGUUUGCGUCCUGGCGCCCCCCACCCCCGAUAGUGGAAGGCAGAACCAAGCGUGACAUUACUUUGAGCUGGACUACUGAGCCUUUUGAUUUUCUGGAUGGAGACCUCUUGUUUUGGGUCCAGAAGAAAGAGAAGAUGCCGCCUUGGGUAGUCGUUUAUAGUGGUGGUAAAACAACAAAAACAAUUGACAAUCUAGCACCGAGACACCCUCACAAAUUUCGCGUUAAAGUUAUUUUAAAAGCAACUGCAGUGCCAACUCUAGCGGACAGAGCCCUUAAUCGUUUUGGGAACGAAAAAAAUAUUUAUGAACACAUUGAAGGUCACAGAGAUACAGAAACUGAAAACAAUUGCACUGCAAAUAAUGGAAAUAUCGAAACAUCUGAAGACAAUACCAUCCUAAAACAGAAAGAAAUCAUAAAUUCAGAUGAAGCGACAGUAAAUGAGAAAGGUAGGUGGCUAGAGUCACAAUGGUCUGAAGAAACCAGUAUUAGCACUGAUACAGACGGUACUUCGGUUAUUUGCUUCUGCAUGGCUGUCCGCUGUGGCUAUCUUAAACAGGUACAAGUUAUGCUAGAAGAAAGACCAGAUCUUAUCGAGAUUGUCAACUCUAGUAACGGCUUCACUCCCCUUGCAACAGCUGUGAGAAAAGGCGACAUAAAUACUGUAAAGUUCCUACUAACAGCUGGGGCGAACGUAAACCAGCCGUCAUCCAGCGGACAGACGCCAUUACACCUGGCUGCACUCGGCGGUCAAGUAAUGCUGGUGGACUUACUGCUGGACAAUGGAGCAGACUUCCAGGCGCGCGACCUCAACGGUCUUCGCGUCGAGCACUACGCGGCAGACGCAGGGAGUCCGGAGAUGCUCAACCACAUUCUGCAACGAGGCGGAGACUUGACUGUCAAAGAUAAUAAUGGAUGGACCCCUCUCUUCAGGGCUGUGACCCAAGGAGCCUCGACUGAGCUGAUCGAACUCCUGGUGUUAUCUGGGAGCGAUGUAACAACCGCCGACUAUGCUGGACUGGGCUUGCCUUCCGCCGCUCGACUUUUACAUAAUCGACACGGCCGCGAGCGAGACUCGAUCCUACGUCUAAUCGACUCCCAAUAUCCUCACGAGCAAGCCGUUGCGAACUUCACUCGCCUCACCAAGAAGAUAUCCAGCUUGCACACCAUCUUCAAACGACGUCCGUUCUGUACCAAGCCUAGGAGUAAUACCCCUCUUAUAGCGACACCUACUGAAGAACCGAGCGGUCAGAUUAGGUGUUCAUCAGCAGAAGAUCGUCCGGUUUGCACUAACUCUAGAAGUGGCACGCCUCUAGGAGAAGACCGUCCGGUUUGCACAAACUCUAGAACUGGCACGCCUCUAGAAGACCGUCCGUUUCGAACCAACUCUAGAAGUGGCACGCCUCUGGGAGAACACCGUCCGGUUUGCACUAACUCUAGAACUGGCACGCCUCUAGAAGACCGUCCGUUUCGAAGCAACUCUAGAAAUGGCACGCCUCUGGGAGAAGACCGUCCGGUUUGCACUAACUCUAGAACUGGCACGCCUCUAGAAGACCGUCCGUUUCGAACCAACUCUAGAAGUGGCACGCCUCUGGGAGAAGACCGUCUGGUUUGCACUAACUCUAGAAGUGGCACGCCUCUAGAAGACCGUCCGUUUUGUACCAACUCUAGAAGUGGCACGCCUCUAGAAGACCGUCCGUUUUGUACCAACUCUAGAAGUGGCACGCCUCUAGGAGAAGACCGUUCGUUUUGUACCAACUCUAGAAGUGGCACGCCUUUAGAAGACCGUCCGUUAUGUACCAACUCUAGAAGUGGCACGCCUCUAGAAGACCGUCCGUUUUGUGCCAACUCUAGAACUGGCACGCCUCUAGUUGCAACUCUGACAGAAGGAUUGAAUCAACAAGCUGGGACUUCGGCAUCGGGAGAGCAGUCGGAAACUUAG